AACUCUUGGCGAUAGAGCGACUGAAGCCGAGCCCGACUAAGAACGAUCGUUACACAAUUAUCUGCGCCUUUAAGGAGGCAAGAAUAACAGGCCAAGGAAGAGAAGGAAGGUAGAAAGAAAACAAGCGAGUAUUAUUGCCGGCUUUCUGUUGUUGUGUUUGGCCAAAGAUGUCGGCGUGCGCUGGCUAGUUACUUCUCGUCUGCAAGGGGCUGCGGAAGAAAUCUCGAGGCGGGAGAAAAAAUUCCAGAGCGUUGGAGCGGAUUACCGACUUGUUUUGCUGUUUGGCUUGUUUCGUUUCUUUUCUUUUCUCUUCAGUUCUCAUGCGAGAUUUUUGUUACGAAGGAAGUCUUUUGCACUUUGUAGUUCGGACCGUGGUUUCGAGUUCGCGUUUUAUUUGGUGUCAUUCGCUUGGAGCUCGGAGCAGAGUUGCCAGCUAAAAUUUACCCGCUGCCGGGUUCAUAAUCUGCGGGCUAAGUGCUCAACUUGAGGAAUAAUCUCCAACGAGCAGUUCCCGCUGAACGGUUGUUCAUCGUGUGGGUGCUGAAGUUAUUUCAGACUCACUUACGAAACAUCCAACUACAUUAACCCCUGAAGACAUCAAACCAGACUGAUCUCUGAAACGGACACUUGUAUCUAACCUACACAAAAUGGUGUACGGUUCCCCACCAUUGGACUUGAAUGCGUGACCUUUGUGACCUUUGUGACCUUUGUGACCUUUGUGACCUUUGCCCUGACCAUGAGUAGCUACGCACUGACUGUCAGCCCGUCCCACGAGCAUCACCACCACCACCAUCCUCUGCACCACUUCAACAGCAGCAACAACAACAGCAGCAACAACAACAACAGCAACAACAACAGCAGCAGCGGCGUUGGUGGUGGUAACGUCGGCGUCGGCGGCAGCGGUGGCGUCAGCAACAACUACUACUACCACCACCCCCACCACCAGUACUACCCGCACUACUUCUACCAGUUCCCUAGCAACUUCGACAAACUCCAUCCGGCAUAUCACCACGCCGGACUAAUUCCCGGAAGUGACGUCAGCUCGGACCUAACGGGAUCUCUUGUCGACGGAAGCGAGCUUAUCAACAGUGGCAACAAUCACCAUAGCAACAAUGUAAACGGAAAGGGUAGUUUUUCCGUCAGCCAUUUGCUAGAUUUAAAGAAAAACCACGGAGUUCUGACUGCUGGCAGCGAUAACUGUAACAGUAGCAUAGGGAGUGUUGAGGACGCGCAGGAGAACGGGGACGAGUCGGAUCAGAAUAUUGAUCAAAAAGGGAAUAUCCCUUGCAUCAUUGAAAGCAAUAACAACAGGAAUAAAAGUAGCAGUGGUGGAAUCAGUGGAUCUAAUCAGAAGAACGGCGACUCUUUUGUGAAUAGCAGCAACACUAGGAACAGCGACAACAACAACAGCAGCAACAGCAGCAACAGCAGCAACAGCAGCAGUAGGGGCAACGGAGGUGGUGGUGGGGGCGGCCAAUAA